UAGUAUGGCUUCACAAGAGGAAAAACAAGCUCAGUCUUUUGCAGACAUCUUUGAUGAAGAUGAGGCUGAGAAAUCCUUUCUGUUGUCCAAGCCCAUUUGCAUGCUUAUACUCGGAAAGCCAGGCUCUGGAAAGAAGACAUUAGCUAGAAAACUGGCAGAAGUAUGGAAAUGCAUUUUUAUAGAAGCUUCAGAAGUAAUUCAACUGAACAUUCGUGAAGAAACAGAAUAUGGGCUUAAGUGCCAAGAAUUGCUUUUUAAAGGUCAAAGUGUUUCUGAAGAACUGGUUACAGAAAUGAUUCUGAAAAGGCUUGAGUCACCAGAAGUUGCUCAUUUUGGUUAUGUUCUCAGUGGAUUUCCUUCUCUCUCUGAGGAAUACAUGACAGUUUCCCAGCAAAUAGAGAAAAUAAAGAAUCUAAAAUUCAAACCAGAUUUCUUGAUUAACAUUAAGUGUUCAGAUUAUGAUUUAUGCCAGAGAAUAUCAGGACAAAGGCAACACCCUGAUUCUGGGCAGGUAUACCAGAGGAACCAGUGGGAUCCCAAUGUUAUUGUCAUGCAUAAGAAAGAGAAAGAUCAGCAGGAAAAUGAAAGUGAAGAAGAAGAGCAGGAAGAAGAGGAGACUGCAGAAGAUCCACUUACGAUGUCAGAAUUUUUGCAUCAGUUAGUGCAGAGGCCAGAAGAUAUGCUUGAAAAUGCAGAGGAGCGAAUUGGAGCAUACAAGGAUAUAAUGCUUCGUCCUUUAGAAGACUGGAUGGCUGAACAGGACUCUCAAUAUCUCAUUGAACUGGAUGGAAAUCAGCAGCCAGAUGAUCUCUUUAUGUCAGUGGUAGCUCGACUUCAGUCUCUGGGUCUUCAAAAUGCAGCUCCUGUAACUGGACUUCAAAGUGAGCAAGAGGAAAGUCAGCUGAAGGGAUUAGGAAGUGAUGAACUCUUCCGGGUUCUUUCUUCUUACAAACUGAUAGCACCCAGAUAUCGAUGGCGCAGGAGCAGGUGGGGGCAAGCAUGUCCUGUGGCUCUGAAGGAAGGUGAUAUUGUAAUGGGAGACCCAGACUUGGCUGUCAGUUUUCUAGGUAAAAUGUAUGUCUUAUCAUCUCCAGAGGCGCUGAAAACCUUUACCUCGAAUCCACGACCUUACCUGUUACCUCCAAUGCCACUUCCUCCAUGUAAAGUAAUGGUGUUUGGUCCUCCACUCUCUGGAAGAACAACUAUUUGCAACCUAAUUGCAGAAAAAUACAAAGGAAAGGUUCUUGAUGUGGCCAAACUCAUUCAACCCCUUGUGGAAGAAUCAAGAGAAGAAAAGAUUGAGGAAGUGCGAAAGGAUGCACUAGAGAAGGCUAUUACAGCAGUGAAAGAUAGGUUGGAAUUGGAAAAACAGGCAACAGAAUCAGGCAUGUCAGAGAUAACUGCUAACCGCCCAGAAGUUCAGUUGGCAGUAGAAGAAGCCCUAACUGCUGACCACCCAGAAAUUCAAGCAAUGGUCGAGGAAGCCAUAAGAAGUGCAUCAGUCUCUGAGGUUACACUGUCACCUGAAAGAUAUGCUGAAGUACUGGAGAGAGCUCUUGCAGAGCUUAUGAAGAAGAACAAAGACAGGUUUCCUGGUGCUCCAGAAAAAGGAGGAUGGGUAGUUGAUAACUACCCUCUGUCAGCAGAUCACUGGUCAGCUUUGUUAGAAAAAGGACUUCUACCUGACACUGUUGUCUGUCUGAAGAAUACAGAAAGAGAUGGAGCCUGUAUUCUGGCCAGAACAUACUCAGCAAACAGGGAUGAAAUGAAUGCUAAGAUUUUGAAAAGGUUAACAGAUGAAGCAUUAAAAAAGAAGCAAGAAGAAGAAAUAAGAAAAGAAAUGCAAGAAACACAGACAUCAGAGGAAAAUCAGUCUCUAGAGGCUUCUGAGGAGAAAGACUUUGAAGACAAGGAGGAGCAACUCCCACCUGAAACUGACCAAAUGCCCCAGAAGCAGCCUGGUGACCUAGUAGGUUAUGAAGAAGAAUCCAAACCUACAGAAUCUGAGGGCAAUGAUGAGCAACUUCCCCCUGAAAAUGAACAAGUGCCCCAGAAGCAGCCCAGUGACCCAGCAGGUUAUGAAGAAGAGUCCAAACCUACAGAACUUGUGCUCCCUGGGUUUGCAGAAGAUGAUUUUCCAAAUCUACCAGAAAUGGAAACAAUUAAAAGGAAGCUUGACCUUUUCAUGCAGGACUGGCAAACAGUGGAGUCAGAAAUCAAGCAGUCUCCUCUAAUUCAAGUUGUUGUUUUAGAGAUUGUUGAGCAAACUCCAGAAAGUCUGCUUAAUCAAAUUGUGCUGGUUAUGGAAAAACCUUUUAAAUACCAUGGUUGGGAAUUGUCUGCUGAAGACUUAGAGGAGGAAGAAGAAGACCUGACUGCUGAAGGGGAAGAUGAAGAAGUUGAAGAAGAAGAAAGUGAAGAUGAAGAAGUAGAAGAUGAAGAAAAACUUAAGGAAAAGAAAAGGCACAUGGGAGACACAAAACACUUUUGUCCAGUCAGUCUGAAAGAGAACUUUGUCCUUUGCCCAGGACUCUAUGAACAUGCAGCUAAAUAUCGAGAAAAACUUUACUACUUUUCAACUCCUGAGUACAGAGAUAAAUUUCUGAGGAACCCAGAGGACUACGUGGCUCACAAUGGGCCAAUACAAGCUCCUCCGUUACGGAUGUGCUUACUUGGGACUCAUGGAGCAGGAAAAAGUACUUGUGCAAGACAGAUAGCAGAGAAAUUGGGCAUUUUCCAUAUUCAGUUUGAAGAAUAUCUGCAGGAACUGAUCUUACCCAAAACUAAAGAGAAGGUUGGGCCCAGUUUUGAAGAAGAACCUGAAGAAGAUGACAAUAAAAUUGCAGUUCUAGCAGAGGAACUGAAAGACUUCUCUUGGAGCAUAACUGAAACUGAGACAGAAAAAAACAAACAGGAAGUGCAGUUAACUGAGGAGGAAGAAGCAAUCAAAGCAAAUCUAGUGGAUAAUGAGGCACUGCCUGCAGAAGUCCUCGAUAACAUUGUUCCUGACUGGUGGAGGAAAGAGCCAUUCCGAUCCACAGGAUUUAUCCUGGAUGGUUUCCCUCGUACUGUAGAUGAAGCUCAGUAUUUGUCAGAGAGAGGACUCUGUCCUGAUGUUGCAGUUUUUAUUGAAGUAGAGGACAGUGACAUUCUUGAUCGCCUUUUUCCUCCACGCCUGCAAAAAUGGAAAGAAAUUCAGCAUAAAAAAAUGGAAAAGAAAAAGAAACUGAAAGACCUGAAAGCAAAAAUAAGGGAUGAGAAGAUUGCUAGGAGGAGGGAAGAACUUCUGGCAGAACGAAAGCAAAGGAAGCAGGAGGCUUUAGCACAUACAGAGCAUUAUGAAGCCACUGAGGAGGAGGAGGAGGAUGAGAAUGACGAUGUUGAAGCUAUACUUGAAGAAGAGUUUUUAGAAGAAGAAGAAGAAGAGGAAGAGGAGGAUGAAGAACAGGAAAUCGAUGCUGUUGAGCGCAUACAAAAUGAAAUUACAGAGAGGUUUGAAUCAGAAACAGAGAGUUUGCAAGGUGUACAGGAAGAACUUGAAAAAAUGUCAAUACCACAAGUGCAGAUCGAGGGAGGGCGGAAGCCUCGCGUUCUGUGCUGCCAAAUCUACAGCAAGUUGAGCUCUCUGGUGGAAAACCGUGGAAGCAUCUUUGAGAAAUGCUACCCAAUAAGUCUGCCACUUGCACACAAGAUGCUGGCUUUCUCAUAUAAAUUUCCAAGUGCUUUUGAUCAGUGGGAUCCAGUCAAGCUCAGUGAAGGAGAUGUAAUCAGGCCACACCAAGGCCAUGACAACGCAGGCUUCGCUCUAAUCCAUCGGCAGUAUAUUUACUUCUUUUCAACCCAAGAGACUCAAGACACCUUUAUGAAAAAUCCCAUCAAAUAUAUUUGUCAGCCAAAACCUAAACCAGCUGUGCCAGUGAAGGUUGCCAUUGUGGGACCUCCAAAAUCUGGGAAGACUACAGUUGCCAAGAAGUUUGCCAGCAUGUAUGGGCUGCUGCGCCUGAGCAUGGGAGACGCCAUCCGGCUGGUGUUAAACAGCCAGCCAGAGAGCCAGCUGGCAGUCAGGUUAAAGGAGCACCUUCACAAAGGACAGACUGUGCCUGAUGAACUGGCCAUUCAGGCUCUAGACGUGGCUCUGAUGAACCCCCUGUGUAGCACUACUGGAGUUGUCAUUGAUGGAUAUCCUGUAACAAGAAAACAAGUGAACCUCCUGGAAUCAGCUAAGAUAAUUCCAGUGAAAAUAUUUGAACUAGAAAUGGAUGCAAAAGAAAUGUUCAGAAGGGCACUGCUGGAUGAGGAAAGCACAGAGAGACCACCUUACCCUAAACAUGACAGCUUAGAGAGUCUAGCUGUUAAAAAUGCCUGCUAUAAGCAGCACAUUGAUGCAAUUAGGACUUACUAUGAGAAAGAGCAUCAGAACUGGUGUGUGAUCGAUGCCUUACGGAGCAGAUGGUGGAUCUGGAACAAAGUACUGCAAGAAGUUCAAGUGGUUGUUAAAGAAAUUCAGAUAUACCUGGAAAGAAUACGAGAAGGGAAGGCAGCUGGCAUUGCUGAUUUAUGUAUCACUCCUGAAGAGCUGCAGCACCGGCUGGGGGAGUUUGGACAGUACUGUCCUGUCAGCCUGGCAGAAAAGGGGGAGUUGGUUGAUUGCUCUGCCAUGUCACUGCAGUUUGCUGCAGAAUUUCGAGGACACUAUUACAAAAUGGCUUCACAGGAAGAUCUGGAUAAAUUUUUGAGCCAACCAGAGGUUUACGUGCCACCACUGGCACCUCACCCUCUCCCACUCCCAGAUAUGCUACCACAGAAACUGACAGCGGCAGAAGUGAAGGCUUUGUUCCCUAUCCGUGCAGAAAUGCAGGGCUACUGUCCAGUCACUUACCUAGAUGGAAAACUGAGGUAUGAAGCUUUGGUGCCUGGCAAUAGCGAGCAUGCAGCAAAAUACCAAGAGAAGGUCUAUCUUUUUGAGAGUGAAGAAAAACUUCUGAAAUUUAUGAGGUUACCAGAGAAGUACUGCAACCUAAAGCUUCCACGUAAACUGCCUGCAAUAAAAGAGCCACUACUACUCACUGCACUUCCUCUGCUGGGAUACCUUGAGCAGGGAGUAGCAACUGCUCUGAUAAAAGCUAUGACUGAAGUAGGCUGCUUAAAGCCCAAGUUUCCAUUCCUAAGUGUGAAGCAAACUGCCCUGCUGUUUGUCGCCUGCCAUUUAAAAGCACACAACCCCAGGAGCUCGGAGCUGGUGCGACAGAUAUACCGGAGGCGGCUGGCACAGUUCACGGAGCACUGCCAGCUCAUCCCCUACCUGAGAGCAGCCAUGGCUGGACCCUACCUAGAGCCGUGGUGCAGGCCCUUGGGCUUUGACAGCAGGCUCCAGACUUUCCUUGCCCUGAAAGAGGCUGGCCACAGCUUGGUGUAGCUACGACUUUCAUCCUCCAACUCCUCCCUGUGUUGCUUCUAAUUAAUGCAGGGAGUGUUGCCAGCAGCUGCCUGGACAGCUGGAGCAUGGAAUCUGAACAUUAAAGUCGCACCUUAAAUCA